GAUAAAUUGGAUCAGGCGCUAUGCAAGGUCGCUCAAUGAGCAGUACGGGCAAGCUACCUUAUUAGCACCUAACCUAGCUGUCUCUACAUGGACGGGCUUAUAGCAGUCUUUCCUGGAUGGCCAUGACACUCAAGAGCGAGAGCGCUUUGUAGAUACUGGUAUGAAAACUGACGAUCUGAUAUCCAACAGGAAGGUGCUUUGUUGCCGCUUCCACUUGCGGACAUAGGAUACCGGAUCUAGAACUCUUGCAUGGCGUCCAUUUGGUCGCAUGCCAAAGAGUAUGGUUGAAGUCGACCUUUGGCCAUACCUUGAAACUACUGUGUCACAUAGCUACCAUGCCUUUGUUUGGUAUUCCGAUGGUAGUCAGUACCCCCUUAGCUUAGGCUUUCGACGAGAGACCUCGAGGUAUCUCCCGAAUGUUCGCGAUGAUCUUGAUCGAUUCGAGGCUUCCGAAUCCGUGUCUGAGGGCACACGCUCGUCAGAAUGUAGUCUUGGGCCAUCGAAAAGAUCAACUUUGCAAAUGAUUGCCCAUCUUGUCAAGGAAUCGUGCGGGGAUCGCAACUGGGCCAACUCUGGACUCGAUGCAAGAUGGCAACGGCCAAGUGGCUUGCAGGUUGGCGAGGCCUCGAUUGAAUCGAGCAACUAAAGCCACGUCAGAAUGGCGCCGGAUGCGAUACAAUCUUGACAAUGGUCGAAA